AUGGCGCUGCCUCAAAACCAAUGUGAGCCUACCGAAGUUCAAAUCUAUCCUCCUCAGCCUUUAAUCGCGGUCCCUCCAGUUCCAGCUGCGCUGUUGGGGCACCAGGUCGGCAUCUUCCCAGCUUACAUCACGGUCCAGACAGAGAACCUCACCGUCAGAGAAAAGCUAGGGUCAUACAACGGCGGUGAAUUAGAGGUUCAACAUGUCAAUGGUCUGCCUAUCCUCAAGGUAGAGUGGAAGGUGAUGAGCAUCUCUGGACGCAAGAUGGUCUAUGACAUGAGAUGCAACCAUCUUUUUUCCAUCGUCAGGAGGCAUCUCCAUUUCCGUACCAGAAGACCCUCAAGGAAGGGAACUUAUGAAUGUGAGGAGCAGCUUCGGGCGUGA